CCCCAACAACCCACCGCCGGCACCUUCUAUAAAUACCUCCUUUUCCUUCGGCCGGCCACUACACUCCGACAAUCUUAUUAUUAUUCUGUCCACUAUUUAAACACAAUGGCAAACCUCCAAGUAAUCCUCGUUGCCACGUCAGCCAUACUGCUGACCGCCGCAGUCCUCCCGGCGGCCUCCGCCGAUGUCACCGUGGCGGACAUCGUCACGCCGGAAUUCUUCAACGGCAUCAAAAACCAGGCACCCAAUAGCUGCGUCGGCAAAGGUUUCUACACGCUCGACGCCUUUCUCCGGGCCGUGCACUCCUACCCGAACUUCGGCAACCGGAGAUCUCUCCCCGGUUCUAAGCGCGAGAUCGCCGCCUUCUUCGCCCACGUCACCCACGAAACCGGAAACAUGUGCUACAUUGAGGAAACCAACCGCGGGACCUACUGCGACCCGACCCAGUUCCCGUGCGCGCCGGGGAAGAGGUACUACGGCCGGGGCGCGCUCCAGCUCCGGUGGAACUACAACUACGCCAAGUCCGGCCGGGAGAACAACUUCGACGGCGUGAACGACCCGGACGCCGUCGCCAGGGACCCGGUGCGGGCGUGGCGGUCGGCGCUGUGGUUCUGGGUGACGAACGUGGGCCCCGUCCUGCCGCAAGGGUUCGGCGCCACCAUCCGGAAGAUCAACGGCAAGGAGUGCGACGGCGGCAACUCGGCCGCCGUCAGGGAGAGGGUGGGGUACUACAACAACUACUGUCGGAAGUUUGGGAUCCCGCUGCAGACCAAUGCUGGUUGUUGAUUGAAGUCUUUACGACGGCAGCGGCGGCGACGAGGAGUGAUAAUAAGGAAAUAAAAUAAAUGUUGUACCUGCAAACAAAUGUUGUAUUUAAUUUGUUCGUAGGGAAGAAAGAAAAAAAUGAGAGGAA